AUGACAAUCAGAGAAAUGAGUGCUGAGGAGAAAAAGAAGUAUAGAGAUGAGAAAUUGAUGAAAAAUACAGAAAGCUUAGGGAAGCCAAAGAGGAGAAAUGGAGAAAAAUUGAAGAAGAGGAGGAAGAAGAAGAAAGAAAAAAAGCUGAGGCUGAAGCCGAGAAAAAGAAAAAUAACUGAGGUAUUUCAAGUGAGAAGAACAGUCAAAGAAGUUCCAGAGUUUGAGAUCAAAGCAGAUGUUGAAGAAAUCAAAGUUCCAGAAAAGUGUAUGAAUUUUGAUUCUUUGAUCAAGCAAAACAAUGAGUUGCUACACAACAUUAAAAGGUUGAAAGAAUCAUAUGAUACAUUGAACAGAGAAAUGAACAAGUACACCGAAUCGAAUAGUGAACAAGCUGUAGCAAUGAAUACACUCAAAGGAGCUUACAUGAGACAACUUGAUGACGUCAACUUCUACACAGAGAAGUGUGCUGAGCUGGAAUUGAAGAUUUAUCUGAUUGUGGAAAAAUUGAAGACGUUUGAUGAAGAAAAGACUUCGGAAGAAAAGAAGUCCGAGACAGAAGAAGAGGAUGAAGUGGAAAUUUCUGGAAUAAGUGCUGAAAAAGAACAAAAGAGUUCAUUCUGGAGGGAGACAAACAAAGAAUUCCUUGCAAAGAAGCAAGACGACAUGAAGAAAAGCGCUGCCCAGAAAAAGACAGAGACAAGAACAUGUUUUCAAUGCAAAACAAUUGAAAGGGGGAGUCUGAAGGACAAAGUGCCAGAUUCUGAUUCAACAUUCGAGGGAGAGGAGUUUGUUGGUGAUAGAGAUUGUGUAUGGAUGCUUACAAUGGAGAAUUCUUCAAAGAGAAGCACAAAGACUGAUAAAGACUGA